CAAAGCCAGUUACAAUGUACCGCCGGAUCACCUCAACAGUGAAAGUGAACGUACCGAGAUUACGGAGGCUGCUGAGCACGCCUGUUCCUCGAGAUGACAUGUACGAUGUCGUUAUCGUCGGAGGUGGUGUCGCGGGUUUGGGUUUGGGUGCUGCCUUGAAAUCGUCGCCCGUCACAUCACGACUGCGGAUUGCGUUGGUGGAAGGCAUGGAUCUUGGAUCAUCGAAGACCUGGGGGCCAACGAAAGAAUCGUACUCGAAUCGGGUCGUAUCUUUAACGCCAGCAUCAGUCAAGCUGCUGAAAGAGAUCGGCGCGUGGGAUCAUAUCAAGCAAGAACGCACCCAACCCUUCGACGACAUGCAAGUCUGGGACGGCUUAACAGGCGCAAGAAUCGAGUUCAAGACCGGAGCCCUUUCCCAACAAUACCCAUCCAUCGCCACCAUCGUCGAAACCCUGAACAUCCAGCACGCACUGUUGAACAGAAUCGACGAGCUCGGUGGGGUUGACAUCAUCGACAAGACGAAGGUCGUCAAGAUCGGUCACGGAGAGGAGACAGGUGAUCUCGAUUUUUCGACAUGGCCACAGCUCGAGCUCAGUAACGGUAGGAAACUCACUGCAAGACUCCUCAUCGGCGCAGACGGAGCAAACUCGCCAGUACGGUCCUUCACGAAGAUUGAGUCUCGAGGAUGGGAUUAUGACCGUCAUGGUGUAGUGGCGACUCUCAAAAUCGAAACGGGCCGUCCCGUAGUUGCGUGGCAAAGAUUCCUUCCCACUGGACCUAUCGCGAUGCUUCCCCUACCAAACGGUUACGCUACCUUGGUAUGGACGACUACUCCCGCACUCGCAGCUAAACUAAAGGCGAUGUCCCACGCGGACUUUGCAGCAUUGGUGAACGCCGGGUUCAGAUUGAGCGACGUGGAUCUGCGAUAUCUGUAUGAAGCUGGAGCGAAGGAAGGCGAAGUGAAGGAGCAAUGCGAGUGGAGGGAGAGUGUCGUGAAGGCAGACAAGAGGGAGUUCCUGCCGCCACGCGUUGUGGAGAUUCAAGAAGGUAGCCGGGCAAGUUUCCCGCUGAAAAUGAGACAUGCGGAUUCGUACUGCGAUGAGCGGAUUGCGCUCGUGGGUGAUGCAGCACACACUACACACCCUCUUGCUGGUCAAGGCUUGAACCAGGGACUCGCCGACGUGCAAAGUUUGUUCAAGUCGUUGGAGAGUGCUGUUACCCACGGCCAGGACGUUGGGUCUAUUCACGCGUUAGAGCCAUAUGCGCACGAGCGGUACUUCGAGAAUCACGUAACCCUCGGCGCUAUCGAUAAGCUUCACAAGUUGUACUCCGUGUCAUCGGGACCACUCGUGACGGCACGUAGCUGGGGUCUGGAGGUUGUGAAUGAGUUGGAUGGAUUGAAGACAUUGUUCAUGAAGAGGGUCUGCGGCUUAGAGCGAAGAUGA